CGGCAAACCUCAAUCUGGGUUUGUCAAAAUCACCCCCCCACUCAAAACAACAAUCAAGCCAUCGCACAGAAAUUUCUCUUCGUGUUUAGAAACACUUUUACUCCAUUAACCAGCUCUACACGUUAUCCACAACAUUUCCAAAACCACCAUGAGCGAUAGUGAUGUUUCCAAGAUGAAGGUGGCAGAUCUGAAAAAGGAACUAAAGGCACGAGGUUUAAGUGUGAUGGGCAACAAGAACGAGCUUGUCGAUCGAUUACAAACGGCUCUGUUGGAUGGUGGCGAUGUGCUAGAAGAUACGGCCAACUCCGAAGACCUUUUGGACGACGAACUGAACGAUGAUCUGCUGGACGAGGACAAAGAUCUUACCGAUCCGGUAGCGGAGGAAGAGCAGAUACUUAAAUCGCCUACACCGAGCGAAACAUCGAAAUCGGUUUCUCCCGACCAACCGCGCAAACCGGAAGACGAACCGAACCAAAGCUCGGAAAAGUCCAGCGUACCGGUCACAACCGCACGUAAGAUAUCGCUCAAACGAAACAUUUCCAUCACGAAGCCCACACUAGCGGCGGAUCCGAGUACCAGUCCGUUGGCCGAAACACCGAAAGCCCAAAGGCAACCAUUUACGACUCAGUCGGCCAGCGCCAACAGUGGUAGCGAUGGAGAACCGGAAAAGAAAGUGGUCAAGCUCGGUCAGCUGAGCGCACUGGAGCGGUUGGAAAUGAGGGCCAAAAAGUUCGGUGCCCAAACAGUACCACCGGCUAACAGUACUCCUGCCGCUACCACUGCUGCUACCGACAAAAUGCAGGCCCGUGCGGCAAGGUUUGGGUUAACCGGUGCUAGCAGCGGUACGUCGGCAGCAACCAACAACAACAGUACACCGGCAUCGCUGGAAGCAUUGAAAAAGCGUGCCGAACGCUUCGGUGGUUCCGUGUCAUCCGAAAUGAGCAAACUCGAGCAGGAGGAAAAGCUGGCCAAGAGACAGGCCCGCUUCGGUCAGACGGUUAGCAGCGGUUCUACGGCAAGCAAUGGUGCCGGGAAGGUUUCAUCCGCCUCGGUGGAUUACGCCGAAAAGGCACGGUUAAGGUUGGAGAGGUUCAAAUCUGCCGCCUAAAGUGACGGAAUCUUAGUUUUACCUUCUUUCCCUUGCAAAAAAAAUGAUCGCACUCUAAUGUCGUUCGUCGUAGUCAUAGCUUUGCUCUUUCUGUAUGACGAGUGUUAUUUUUAAUUCUGUAAAGUGCGUAUGUUUAUGCACACGUUACAAAUCUAUCUCGGGAGGAUCGUUGAUGGCACGACACGACGGCACAAGGGACGAUAAAUGUAAUGAGCUAAAGUUUAUUGUAAAAUAAGACAACUCAAUGAUGUGUAGUAUCAGAAGCAGCAAAUUCGACGUUAGUUUUUUUUCUUUGGUAAUCCAUCAUGAAAUAAACAUAAUAUAUAACGAAUCCUCGAUACAAAUGA